AUGGCGGGAAAGAAAAAAAGUAAAUCUUCAAAAUUAGCUCGAAUGAGCGAUGAAGAACGUGCUCGUUAUUUGCAACAUCGAGCUGAAAUUGAAUUAGAGGCAAAAAGACGAAAACAAGAAUUAAUUGCAGUAUUUAUCAAGAACAAAUUAAAAAGAGAAGACGCAUUUUCACGAAUAAAUACAGCAAAAAUAAAUGAACAAUGGCGUUUUAUAUUGAGAAAAAUUAAAUGUAAAGAAUUAUACGAGGAUGUUGAAUAUUUGUGGAAAAAUUUUGUUCAAUCAGUAAAUGCAAAAGACGCUGUGAUUAAUUAUUUGUGUGAACAAUUGGAAAUUGCCGAUAUGGAUCAUCGACGAUUGCAAGAGGGACACAUUGACAUUAUUGAUACUUUAAUAGUGAGAGGCAAAGAACGUUUGGAAAAACAAGACGAUAUGUUGGAGAUAAAAAGAAGUAUCGAUUCAGUGAUGGAAAUACAAAAUUUAGAAUUACAAAAAAUAAUAUCCAACUAUGAAUCAUCAACUGAGAGUAAAAGGAAACAAUAUGAAUAUUUAAAAGAGCAGGACGAUGCAAUUAUUCUUGAAUUUGCCCAAUAUCCAAAAAUAUAUUCACAAUUAUUUGAGACAAUGGAAAAUUUAAAAAAUGAAACCGAAACAAUGAAAUGUGAACGUGAAGAAACAAUUGUCGAAUUAAAAUCACAAUUGGAGAGAUUGUCGAAUAAAAUUUGGAAAUUGAGACAGGAUAUGAAAUUAAUGCAAACAAUCGAUACAUUACAAUUGAAACGUCUAAGUGUCACGAGUGGAAAUAUCAUAAAGAAUCUCGGGGGACUUUUGGAGAAAAGUUGUACAAUUGAAUUUCUAACAAAACUUUGCGCCGAUCUUGAGCCACCUUUGUUGAUUAAAAAAUAUUCUGUAAAAGACACCGAGGCGACGAAAGAAAUAUUAACCACUGGAGUUAUUGAUCUCUAUGAUAAUAUGGAAAAUUUUUGGCAACAAAUAAAUCAUGUGAAGGCUGAAAAUAUUUUAAUGAAAGAAGAACGCGCGCGACUAAUGUCUGAAAAUAAUCAUUUGCGAAAUAAACUUCGCACAUACCUGAUAUCAGUAUCACGAAAAAUCCCAUUGAUUUGAAUUAUCAAA